AUGGUGCUCGAUUUGGACCUGUUUCGGACUGACAAAGGCGGCGAUCCAGAAAUCGUCCGUGAGACUCAAAGGAAGAGAUUUAAAGAUGUUAGUCUGGUUGAUAAGCUGGUCGCCGCAGAUACAGAGUGGCGAAAAAGCCGCUUCACUGCAGACAACCUCAACAAGGCAAAGAAUCUCUGCAGCAAGAGCAUUGGGGAGAAGAUGAAGAGGAAGGAACCUGUUGGAGAAGACGAGUCUGUUCCUGAUGAUGUAAAUGUGGAAUCACUAACAGCUGACGUGCUGUCGGCCCUGACAGUAACUCAGAUAAAGGCGGUGCGUUUGUCAAUCGAUGAGGCCGUGGAAAAAAUUGACAGAGAGAGGAUAAGACUGGAGGAAGAGCGCUUUGAAUACUUGAGAGAGAUCGGCAACCUUCUGCAUCCUUCUGUACCCAUCAGCAAUGAUGAGGAUGAAGAUAAUAAGGUUGAGCGUACCUGGGGGGACUGCACUGUGCAAAAGAAGUACUCUCACGUUGACUUGGUGGUCAUGAUCGAUGGCUAUGAUGGGGAAAGAGGAGCAAUUGUGGCUGGAAGCAGAGGAUACUUUUUGAAGGGUCCUCUGGUGUUCCUGGAGCAGGCUCUGAUCAAUUAUGCCUUAAGGAUCCUCCACAGCAAGAACUACACCAUGCUCUAUACACCAUUCUUCAUGAGGAAAGAGGUUAUGCAAGAAGUCGCCCAGCUGAGCCAGUUUGAUGAAGAGCUCUACAAGGUUAUUGGUAAGAGCAGUGAGAAGUCAGACGAUAGCUCCAUUGACGAGAAGUACCUAAUCGCCACCUCUGAACAACCAAUCGCAGCAUUCCUUCGGGAGGAGUGGCUCAAUCCUGAGGACCUGCCGAUUCGCUAUGCUGGCAUCUCCACCUGCUUUAGACAAGAAGUUGGUUCCCAUGGCCGAGAUACGCGUGGAAUCUUCAGGGUGCACCAGUUUGAGAAGAUUGAGCAGUUUGUUUAUUCUUCUCCCCAUGACAACAAAUCGUGGGAAAUGUUUGACGAGAUGAUUGGCACAGCAGAAGACUUCUACCAGUCACUAGGAAUUCCAUAUCGCAUUGUCAACAUAGUCUCGGGUGCCUUAAAUCAUGCAGCCAGUAAGAAGCUGGAUCUGGAGGCCUGGUUUCCUGGGUCUCUUGCUUUCAGGGAGCUGGUUUCCUGCUCAAACUGCACUGAUUACCAGGCCAGACGCCUACGCAUUCGUUAUGGACAAACCAAAAAGAUGAUGGACAAGGCAGAGUUUGUACACAUGUUGAAUGCAACCAUGUGCGCCACCACACGUGUAAUGUGCGCCAUCCUGGAAAAUUAUCAAACCGAAGAAGGCAUCAUUAUUCCAGAGAAGCUCAGGCAAUUCAUGCCUCCAGGUUUGACGGAGAUCAUCAAGUUUGUCAAACCCGCUCCGAUUGACCAGGAGAUGACCAAAAAGUCUAAGAAACAGCAAGAUGGAGGAAAGAAGAAGAAGAAGCAGGGAGGAGGAGAUGACAACCUGCCUAACACCAUGGAGAACAUGUCCAUCAGUGACUCGUAGACUUCAUUACAUCUCAGUCACCUCUGUGUCUCAAAGGACGGUGUGCGGCUCACCUUUGCUCGUUUCUCUAAAGCACGUUUAAACGAAGAGUUGCUCUCUCUCAUACUUCCACAGCCCAACUCUGAGACCGAUCACCUGUCAGUCUGAUCUGUACAUCAUCCACACAGUCUCUUCGGGCUCAGCACAUGGAACACAACACCAAGACGUAAAGCUUCACUUCCACACCAGAUCGUUUCUGGGACAAGAUUAUUCUCUGUGUGCUAAUUUAAUUCCAUCUUCUGGGGAUCUGUAGUUGUCUGUCAGAAUGCGUUUAUGAAUGUCAGUUAAGGGAAUAUUUUGUGAAAUGAAAUACUGCUUGAAAUCUGAAUUCAUUGUGGAAUAACACAAACACAUGCAUCUGUUAAAGAAUUGGUGCAGCACUUAUAUCUGAAAUACAGUUCAUGAGAAUAAAUGAUCAGGAAUUU